CAGUGGCGAGAGAUAUUGAUGAUAAAUCCAAUGAUGGCCGUGAACCCUUUAUUGACAGCAUCAGGGCAUCAGAGGAUUCCACUGGUUCCCUCACCAUUUGAACCUCCAAGUGUGGACAGAGAUUUACUGCCUCCCACUGUAGCUCCAACUGACCCAAGACAGUUUUGUGUUCCUUCCCAAUUUGGAUUCUCUGCUCUACCAAAUGCAAAUAUGCCGAACGUGCUGUCCAGUCAUGUCUACUCAGGUUGGGGCAUUUUGCCACCUGAAUCCAUAAAGGCAAUGGCUAGAAGGAAUGAAAUGAUUCAAAGGCAGCAUACUGCCAGGAUGGAAAUGGAAAUGCAUGCCAUUUACCAACAAAGGAGAAUAGAAAAAGUUAAUUCCAAGGGACUAGCAGGCCUAGGGAUACCAUUCCUUUAUGGCUUCAGUAUCCCAGCUGGCCCAGCCACCGACCAUGGCAGGAGCAUGCUCCCUGCCAGUGACCUGCAUGCUCACAGAAGCGCCCUGAGAAACUUUCAGGGAAACCCCAUGCUACUGGCAACCGGUCCGCACUUUCUAGAGAGCUGGGGGCAGAAAUGUCGUCGUCUCAGGAGAGGUACAGGGAAUCAGAAAGUUCUAGACAGUGACACCGAGAGUUCUAAACGUGGAGUAGAAGAAAAGCCCCUAGGCCAAACCCGUGCAAUUCCCUGUGAAGAGAAUGAGUAUGCAAAAGACCCAGAAACAGACACUCUCAACGAUCACAAGUUGGGUGAAACCGAAGAAAAGCCAUCUACAACUCUUGCCCACACCUUUGGAGAGCUGGAGCGCGGCCAUGGAAGACCCUGGGGAGCUCAUGGCACUCCCCUGGAAGAAAAGUCCUGGGACGAUGGGAAGGAGAAGGCUUCAGAGCAGGUUUUGGCAGCCUGUGGUGAAAAGAAUGAGGUUUACCCGCCAGUUCCUCGACCAUCUCUGCCAGGAACACAUGUGCUUCUUACAAUCAAGGAAAAUCUAUCUUUGGAUGAAGAUAUUCAGAAAUGGACCGUGAAUGACGUGUACAACUUCAUUAGUGGCCUUCCAGGUUGUUCAGACUAUGCUCAGGUGUUUAAAGAUCAUGCAAUUGAUGGAGAAACUUUGCCAUUACUCACAGAGGGACAUCUUCGAAGCACUAUGGGCUUAAAGCUGGGGCCGGCAUUAAAGAUCCAAUCGCAGGUAUCUCAGCAUAUGGAAAGUAUAUUCUACAAGAAAAGUCUUUCACUUCCUACCCACACGAAACAAGCAUUCAAUCAACCAACAGAUACAAACCCUCUUUUGGAUUUUAAUUCCUGGAGUGAUACACUGGACGUUCCUUGUUCCCAGGAUAUGAUCAUUCCUAAAAGAAAUGAGCGAGAUACUAUGAGAAAUUAAAACCCUCACAGAGCAAGAACAGUCUUAAUCGGUUUUCUGAAAAGUCUGGCAUAUUCUGAAGGGUGUGCGGGGGUUUCCCAGGACCAGAUGGCGGAUCAGAGGGAGAGAAAGCCCACCCUCCUGAGGUCUCUGGGAGGAGGCCUUGCCCAGGCUUCCUGAGGUGACCACAUCACAAAGUGGCUGGAGGCGUAUCCUUGGAAGCAAAUACUAAAUGAAGGAUAGAAUUUGCAAACAUCAAAUUUGUAUAUAUAAAGAGGUGUAUUUCUUUUUUUUUCUUCCAGUUUUAUUGAGAUACUAUUGACAUAACAGCACUGCAUAAGUUUCAGGUGUACCACAUAAUGAUAUGACUUAAAUACAUCAUGAAACAGCUAUCACAAUAAGUUUAGUGAAUAUCCGUCAUCUUUUAUAGAUACAAAAUGAAAGAAAUAAGGUUUUUCCUUGUGAUGAGAACUCAGGAUUUACUUACUUAACAGCUUUCAUAUAUAACGUACAGCAUGUUCAUUCUAUUUAUCAUGUGGUACAUUGCAUCCCUAGUACUUACAGCUGGAAGUUUGUACCCUUUGACGACCUUCAUUAAAGAGGUCUAUUUCUGAUUUUCAAAAAAAAAAAAGAAAGCUAUAGUUGGAUGUUUCCACGAGGAUAUCUGUGCAGAAGCCAGAAAAACAGACACUGAAAAACAGAGCUCCUAACCGUCUUCACUGGCUUCCCAUCCCCCAGCCCAGAGAGAGACAGAGGCAACCCAGUGGAGCCAGAAGGAGGAAGAAGAGAAAGUGAAGUACAAAAUAGAGAAAUAGAGGAGCUGAGCACAAGGCCCCAGCUUUUCUCAUGGCAGGCUUUCAGCCUGAAGGAAGCUGGAGAAAGGAACGGGCAGAAGCUCGAACCUUAAAGUUCAGAGUUCGACUGUUACUCAGCUUUUUCCUUCUGAUAUGAAACCAUGUUAUGACUAAAAACAACUGGAGGACUCCUUAUGACCUGAGAGGGAGAGGAGAGGGCAUAGUGACCACCUCCUACUUCACCCAAGAGGUGGGGAAGAGUUACCUCCUCAAAGCAGUACUGAACUGGCAAGAUCGAGGGGAGACAAUGACGGCAGCUUCUGCGCGUGCCCUGUGGAAUCCCACUCGUUCAACUUCACAUUGAACAGAAAGACUGUGAAAGGAUCCGCAGGGAGCUGAUAAGCGUUUGCUCAAGGAGGGUAUUGGGUGACAGCGGUGUGAGGGAGACUUCUUACUAUAUAUCCUCUGGUACAUUUUAAAUUUUUAACUAUGAGAACGUAUUUUCUGUUUUUAAAAUUUAUAUUUAAAAUAAACAAACUGGGACUUCCUUGGUGGUUCAGUGGUUAAGACUCUGAGCUUCCACUGCAGGGGGCACGGGUUCAAUCCCUGGUCAGGGAACUAAGAUCCCCCACGCCAUGGGGGUGCGGCCAAAAAAUAGAAAAAAUAAAAAUAUAAACUGUGGUAGGCAGCUUCUAAGAUGGAUGCCAGUUACCCCUGCUUCCUGAUGUUCAUACCUUGUGUGAUUCCCCUCCCCUUUGGGGUGGGCUGCAGUUAUGACUCUUUCUAAGGGAUAGAAGAUGGAAGACAUGACCGUGUGUCACUUCUGUGGCUUCUGUCACAGGUCCUCUCUCUCAUUCUCUUUGGAUUGCUCGCUCUGGAGGAAGCCAGCUUUUCUGUCUCCAGGCGGACCUGUGGAGAGGACGGUGUGACUGAACUCGGCAGUAGAUCUUCUGAGGCCUGCCAAUAGCCACGUGACUCUUCCCCAGAUCAAGCCUUGAGAUGACUAUCCAGCUCCUGCCCACAGCUUGACGGCAGCCUUGUGGCUGACCCUGAGCCAGAGGCCCCCAGCUAAGCCGCUCCUGGGUUCCUGACCCACAGAAACUGUGAUAAUAAGUAUGUGUUGUUUCCAGCCACUAAUGGAAUAAUUUGUUUUGUAGCAAUAGAUUCCUAAAACAAACAAACAAAUUGCAUUGAUAAACAUAGGUAGCGUGCUUCCCAUGUUCACUUUUUGAUUUGGAAGAUGGGCUUAUGAAGUCAUUUCCCCACAAGCCAUGUUAGUUUAGUUGAUCUUUGCUUUCUUUCAUUUUUAAUGUGAAAACAACAGGGUUUUUUCCUGACAUAAAAUUAUAUUAUACUAUCAAACAUGCUUGUGGACCAAAGAGGGAGUAUUGGUAACUUUGAGGGGGGAGAGAGAGAAAGAGAGAGAAAGGCUCAGAGAGAGAAAUAAUACUUUCAAAGUUCAAAAUUUUAAGAACUAUUUUGUCACAUAACCUUUCACCUGCUGUAAUUCCCAGCAUAUAAAAGUUUCACAAGGUGCCAAACGUGAGUUAACAGGUGUUAUGGUGUGGGAUAAAAAGAAAGCUUAAUUAAUACUUUUAGUGGCAAAGGGAUCAUGGGAUUCCAUCCAUAUGAUGGCUUUUGAAUUUCUUUUCCCUGCUAAAUGAGUCAAUUGAGUUGGUAACUGCUUCACUUGAACAGAUGUGUCUCAAUGUUACUCUAAGGAAAAUGUCCUUAUGUCAUCCUGGCAUGUACUAUCACCAAAAAAAGCACUGUGCUUAAUUUUAGAACCAUGCAUAAAAAGAGAACCACGUAAAGGAGGCUCUCCUCAGCUCUCAGCAGUCUUCUUUGGAAGAAAAGGAGACUGAAGUUGCUUGUCCACACUAAGAUUAUUCUUUCCAGAUUCAUGACUCUAGGGUACCUUUUAACAAAAGACCCACUUUAGUAAUCAAAAUUAUUUUGAAGGGUGAAAACUUUACUCAUAUUAUAUAGAAACAGUUUUUAACUCUUCUGCAAA